UUUAGACAUGAUGUGCGCUUGAAAGUAAAUUACUGAAUUGCUAUUAUGGACUUUCUCCAGUGGCUAUCUAUCUGCAUUUGCGGUAUCUUUCUUCAAACUCAACUGGAAGUGACAUGUGACGCUACAGUUUCUCCUAAAAUUUCCCACAAAGAGCCAAAAAUCGACGCUGACCAUACAAAUCUGGUGGUGAAAUGGUCAGAUGUCGACAACUCCACCUUCAUCCUGGCCAUCGGAGAGCGGAAGGGAGAGGAUGAAGUGCAUGACUCCAAACUAAUGGUCGCUUCUCAUGUCGACGACUCCUUCGCUCAGAUAACGUUGCAUUACCCUCCCACAGAAGAUAUUCUGGCGGACAAUCUCUACUUGAACGGAACCAGACUCAUCCUCACAGACAGUAAAAGCCAUGUGGUGUGCUCUUCGCUUAACUAUUUCGCAAGCAAGGCUAGCGGCGUCAUCUGUUCGAGUGUAGAGUUCAACCCUGAAAACAUUUAUUUUCACCCUGAUCUACUAAACGAUGUACUUGUGCUCGAAGAAAGUACAAAGAAGCUGUAUCAUUCAUCGGACUACGGAAGCACGUGGGAUCUUGUUGCAGAGCAAGUCUACAAAGUAUACUGGGAAAAUUGGAGCAGCAAGAAUGCGAUAUACAUCAAGCGCAAAGAGGCCACCGGGAACGAGGACAACCCCUUCAGUGUCAUCAAGAGUCUGGACUUCUUCCGGUCUUCAGUUGUGGUGAAAACUGAAGUCCAUGAGUUCCAAAUGGAGACUGACUUCCUCUUCUACUCUGAGUUCAUUUCAGUGGAAGAUACCUCGGCGUCUGGAGAGUCUAAACACGUGAAUGUGUACGUUAGCAAACGGGACACGGAUUUCAAGCCAGUUCGGUUCAACGGAGACGCAGAUUUGGACCAAAAACGCCGCAACAUUAUAGAAUUCUUCGUUGCUGAUGUGUCUGACGAUCAAGUGUUCAUGGUGCUGUCUACUUUCUACAAAUUUGGACAACAAAAUGCAGAAGUGGACGGACCCUUCUUCCAUGAUCUGUACAUUUCAGACAUCACAGGAGCCAGUAUGGAGAGAUCUCUGGUCAACAUCAGCUACAUAUCGCCCAGUCUUUACACAAAUGUCAACUGGGAAAUUCUCAGAUUGAGUGAAUCGAGAGACAACCAAGCGGAUAUCUACAGUGUGCAAGGACUCAAGGGAGUCUUCAUUGCAACCCAAAAAGUAGCCGGGGAUCUGAAAGAUCCUCUCUCUGUGAAAUACAAAACUCUCAUAACCUACAACAAGGGAUCAGUGUGGGAGCCACUAGUAAUUACAGAAGACGACAAAAACAAGGCCUGUACUGCAACCAACUCCAAUGAUGAUAAGGAGUGCACGAUCCAAUUGGUCCAGGCAUCUCUGCUUCGAGAAGGUCUCCAACAGUUGAGUCCAGUCUACUCUUCCAGUUCAGCUCCGGGAAUGAUAGUUGGAACUGGUGUCAUAGGAGAGGAAAUUGGACUGUCCACCUUCACAGAGGUCACUUAUGACGAGCAGGGGAAGAAGAAGAAUGAUGAUCAGACUUACAUGUUCAUUUCAGUCAAUGGCGGUAUAUCUUUUUCAGUGGGUCUGAAAGGAACUUGGAUCUACGCAUUCCUUGAUUCUGGGGGAUUCCUCACAGCACUUGACGCGUACAAACCGACCCAAAUAAUCUGGUACACUUAUGACCAUGGUAAUACAUGGGAGUACUACCAGUUCAGUGAACACCCAGUUAUUGUGUAUCACGCACGGAGUCGCUAUGACGAGAAGACUUCCAUUCUUAAUGUUUUCUGCUCGCAUUUCAACGAGUCGACAGGAAAACCGGAACAGUUGUGGAACGUAAUCUUUGUGGACUUUUCCAAGUUUUUCCCGAAGUUGUGUAACUUGGAAUCGGACGCGGAUUAUGAUCUAGAUUGGAAGGUUAACGAGGCCGGCAGAAGUGAUUUAUGUAUUUUGGGAAGGGAGCAGAUUUUCAUAAGGAGACACCCGAAGGCAGAGUGUAUGAACGGUCCCAAUUUCAGUCCGUUGCCUGAAUCUGUGCCAUGCAUGUGUACUCGGCGAGAUUACGAGUGUGAUCAGGCGACUUACUUCACCCCCGAAACGCAGGAAUGCAAGUACAUGGAACUACAAAUUGCUCAAACAAAUGCAGAGAGCCAAUGUGUGAAUGGAGACAUACCAGGACAGGUGAAGACGUUCAUCCAAAGCGUGGGUUAUCGAAGAGUGGAAGGAGACGAAUGCGAGCCAGGUGCGGAAGCGCUGGACAAAUGGGAACCGAAACACAGAGUCUGUCCCAUAGCGCCAGAACAUGCCUUCAUUCUCUUGACAGACAGUGACAAUAUCCACAGACUGAACUUGGAAGCGUCCAAUUCGAUUGAGAGUAAAGACGAGAUUAUUGAUGUGGGGCAGCAUAGGUACUUGUCGGCUAUUGCAUACAGCUACCCGAGGAAUUUGCUAUUCUUUGUGGACAAACCGAAGGAAGACUCACGCAUGAACAUGAUCAAGAGGCUGAACUUGUCCGGCUCUGGUCUUGCGGAGACUAUACACGAGUUUGCCAUGGACCUCAUCCACGACGUCUGUGUGGACAUGAGGAACGACAGACUCUACUGGGUGGAACAGAACAGAAACGACUUCUCACACAGGAUAAUGUCUUCGGCGCUGGAUGGGAAAAUGAAGAGAGUGGUGGUCAACAAAACACAACUGGAGGCACCCAAGAAUAUGGCAGUGGACUCGAAACACGGGUAUAUUUUCUGGAUGGAAUGGAGCAACAAACCGGCAAUCAUGCGAGCAACACUAGACGGAAGAAACUUGCUCAAAGUGAUCGACAAUGACCUGUUCUGGAGCGAGUCGCUCAGUCCAGACCUGUACACGGAUGACCCCAAAGGGUGGCUGUACUGGGUGGAGUCUUUCUACGGGAGGGUGGAGAAGACACACUAUGAUGGGUCGGAAAGAUCUGUAGUGGUGGCGUUGCCCAGUGGAUCUUCUAUCAGUGCUGUUACUGCAUUUAAAGACUACUUGUUCGUGGCGAAUGACAAAAAGAACGAAGUUGGAAGAGUGAAUAAAAAUGUGAUCAGUGGCUCAUUGGACGACACAGUCCAAUUGAGUUCGGACGACACUGACGUUUCUUCUUACUCUAUUCAGAUGUAUGCAUACCUCGAAGAAACACACAAUGUGCUGAGUGACUUGUGUGGAGUGAACAACGGUGGCUGUUCUCAUAUCUGUCUGCAGCUUGACCAAAACACUCAUGUAUGUCUCUGUCCUGAAGGCAUGGAAAUAGAGAGACACAACGGGGGUCUGAACGAGACAUGCUCUUGUCCAGGAGAGGAAGAGAUGAAGAAUGGUGUAUGCACGUCAGGAAUUAAUGGGAUGUGUGGUGCUUCGAUGUUCCAUUGUGACAAUAAUGUCUGUAUACCUCGCACGUGGCAGUGUGACCACAGCGACGACUGCGGGGACAACUCGGACGAGAAACAGUGCCAAUACGAGCAAUGUCAAAACUACGAGUUCGAGUGCAAACUGACCAAGAAGUGUAUCCCUAACAUUUGGAGAUGUGACUUUGACUUUGACUGUGGCGAGAAGGGCAGCGAGCGAGACGAGUCGGACGAGGAAGAGUGUCAAUACCCAGCAUGUGCCGAGGGUCAGUUCCAGUGCAAUACUCAGAAGUGUAUUCCAUCUGAUUGGAGAUGUGACCGUGAUCAAGACUGCAACGACCACUCUGACGAAGACAAUUGCGUCAUCACUCUCCAUUCGGACAACAUGGAAGAGUGCACAGCGGGUGGGUUCAAAUGUGACCGGGACCGGAAGUGCAUCCCAGAUCAGUGGAAGUGCGAUGGGAACGACGAUUGCGACGAUGGAUCCGACGAGAAGCAGUGUGCAGAUAAAUGCGAUCCACAAUUUCAGUUCGAUUGUAAAUCAACAUCAACCGACGAGAAGCCAGAGUGUGUGUACAGAGACAAAUUGUGCGACGAAACAAAACAAUGCACGAACGGAGCAGAUGAAGCGGAAGAUCUGUGUCAAGAUAGGAAAUUUACGACAACUCCUGUGCCCGAGUACCCGACUGUUGAUCCGACCUCGGGAGCCUGUCUCGGCGAUGAUAUCAGAUGUCCACACGACACCAAGUGCAUUCCGGCGAGUUGGUUCUGUGACCAUGUUGCCGACUGCAAAGACCGAACUGACGAGCUAGACUGCGACUACACCCCACAGACGAAUGGAUACUGUCCCCCUGAUCAGUUCCUGUGUGACAGUGGAUUCUGCAUCAAUAGUGAAUGGAGUUGCGACGGAACUAGAGACUGUACAGAUGGGUCGGAUGAGAAGCAUUGCGGAGAUAACAACGAGACAGAUGACUGCACUGGUUUCUCUUGCUUCACCGACAACAAGCACUAUUGCUUUGAUCCCAAGGUGGUCUGUGACGGCUAUCAAGAUUGUCCUGAUAACAGUGACGAAGAAUACUGUGGAAAUCCUGUCACUCCGGACCCUGGUACCAAUGGAGUCGAUGAGAUUUGCCAACGGAACUCGGACAACAAAGACCAGUGCGUUGCUGAUUCAAACUGUUUCAUGUGCGACUCGGGGAACCAAUGCAUUGCUAAAAAGAGGCAUUGCGACCACGCGUACGACUGUAGCGAUGCAUCAGACGAGACUAAAGAAUGUGACGGGAAGCCUCACCAAUGCACGGAUGAGACUUUCAGAUGCAAGACCCUUCAGACGGAAUGCUUUCCCCUCAAGCUCGUAUGUGACGGAACUCCUCAAUGUCAAGACAAAUCGGACGAGGACGCUGUUCUGUGUUCUGCUUCUGGCAUCAAAUCCAUAAUGAUGAGCCACAUCGAAGCCAACAGAGCUGCUGCCAACUGGGACCAGAUCAAAGACAAGACCGGAGUCAAGCUCAUCUGGAUCAAAUGGAGGAUGCUACACAAAGCAAAGAAGACCUCUUCGAGCAAUCCAGGAAGGUGGGUCAAAGAAUCCAUCUCUGAUCUGACCAGCACCAACUAUCAGCUCACCAAUUUGGACCCAAGUGCCGUCUAUGAAGUGUCUGCGUACGUCGAAUUUGCUAACAAAUCGACCACUGAAAACGCAACUGUGCCUCGAACAUUCAGAACUCUGGAAUCGAUUCCUUCGAAGCCUGAGAAAGUAUCGGUGGUCGAAGAUAGGGGAUCGGUAUCAGAGGCAGUUGUUAGUUGGUCGGAGCCGAGUGAGACAAAUGGAGAAAUAGACAACUAUGAGAUAUACUACAAGUGUGCGGAGACAGGACUAGAGCAGAAAGUGUUGGUUGGAGCCGACGGGACGAAGCAGUCUUUCCAACAGAUUUUGAAACUGAACAGCACCUCUGACUACCUGAUCCAAGUGGCCGCAAUCAACGGGGCAGGCAAAGGACCCCGAUCGGAAGCGUUCAAAUUCAAACUGGACUCAAUCAUCGGACCCUCUGACUUUCCCAAGAAUGUACACAUAAAGUCUCCAGCCGAGGACGCCAUAGCAAAUGAGGUCACAAUCCAGUGGGAGAAAGUGGAACUGCAUAAAGUAACGCCGAAGUACCUGAUUAGAAUGACGAUGAAGAGUGACACCACGAGUGGGCGAGAAAAGGUGAUCAUCACUUCGCCAGAUGCAACAGAGUACAGGAUAAGGGACUUGUCUCCGGGAGAACAGUACAGCAUAGAGGUGUCGACUCUGGUGGACUCAGAGCAGAGUGUGAGAUCGGAGCCACUUGUGUUCAACACUGUGGGACAGAGACUGCCCUCCAUCUCCCAACUGAGCUGCUCCCUGGCCAACAACCCCAGAUACGAGUCAGUGAGGCUGUCAUGGAACUACACGGCGACAGAGGCCAACUACAACAUCACAAAGUUCGCAAUCUACUACGGAUUGACCACCGGCGAACUGAACAUGAUGAGUCCCAUCAAAGCGGACGCCAGCAAGAAAGGCGAAUUGAGCUCAAAGGUAAUCAGUGGACUUCUUCGUGGAACUGGCUACCUGUUUGCAGUAAGGGUGGCGGGUGUUGGGAAGGCCACUCGCUGGGGACCUGUGAGCAAGACACUCAGGUGUGCCACUGAAUUCGACCCGAAGAUGCCGCCGAGGAACCUGCAGUGUGUUGCAUUGCCACACUCGACCGAGAUUUCAUUCACCUGGUGGGCACCCAAGGAAACUAUGCUGAAUGACUACUCUUAUGAAAUAAUGGGAAAGAGUACACUGGAGGACAGCACAGUCCAGUUCAGGAAGUACGGAGACGGUAUCAGUGUGAACAACGCCACAGUCAAGUACUCCUUCUCAUUCGACAACCCAGGCAUCAAUUACACAUUCUUCGUCAGUGCCAAAAAUGCGUCUAACUUCCGGCUGAACGACUCAAAACCAGUUACCUGCACUAUUGCAAAGCGAGGAGCACCAAUUGUAAAAGAAGCUCUGAAAAAUGAAAAUGUUAUUACAUGGGCGGCACCAGAAGUCAAUAACGAACCGAAUGAGGGCUACAUUGUGUAUGGACUGGAAAAAGCGGAAGACCCCAAAGACAAAAUGACAAUUUUGGGCGAAACUUCGAAGGACCAAGCAUUCCUGAUCAACUUCAAGUACCCUAAAAACAAGAAGAUUAAUUAUGUGAGAAUAGCACUGAGCGAAUAUACUCUGCAAGGAGACUUGGUUGGGUUGGUGGGUGUGAAGGGUCCUCAAGGAGAGUUGUCGCCGCCUUAUCCCAUCAGAGAUCUGCAAGCCUCAUCCUCGACUACAUUCAACGAACUGGUGCAUGACAGACUGUUCCUGAAGAUCUUCUUGCCCCUGGUGUUCGUCUCUCUGGCGCUCUUCAUCUCUGUGGUGAUGCUGUUGAUGAGGCAGAGGAAGAUGGUCAACAUGCCUGUCAUAUACAAUAGCGGAGGCGGAAGCGUCACCAUACUCGAUAAUCCGGAUAAUUCUGAUGCUAGCAAUGUGCCCUAUGGUAGACUGCAGACAUCCGUCAACGGAGACGACUACGACGACGAUGACAUGAUUGUCAGAACUUAAUCACGCCAUUUCAAGGUCAAACUAUAAACCGAACACAAUGAGUCACCUGAAACAUAGAUGUCAAUGUAGAAAUAGACUCGCAACAUUUGGGCUAUGGUUUAAAUUAAUUGUUUGAAUUAACGCAUAACUUAAUUCAUGAUUAUUGAUGAGAAAGUAGACAAAAUUUCUUAAAACUCUGAUAAAUUUCAAGCUAAAUAACUCUUGAUUUUAGGGUAUGUUAAUGAAUGUUCCAGAUAUUUUGCUACUUUCUUGAACAAAAAUUGCUGAAGCUAAAAUUCACCGUUUUUAACUAAGUAAUUGUUUAUUAUGACGCUCAAUGACUUUUAAUAAGACGUUUGAAUGAAUAAUUGAGAUUGAGGAGUGGGUCUUGCUUUAAACUGCUUGUCCACAAUUUUGUUUUAAAAAAUCGAUUCAAUGAAAACACCAGUGGCUGUAAUUAAAUUGUUUGAAUAUGGAUUCAAAAUGAACAGAGAAGGAAUUUAAUUGCUUUGCGUAUCUUAAAUUGAAGAAAAAGGAUUUUCCCCUGGCUUGCAAGAAAUGCACUAAUUUUCUAUUAAUUUUCCACAUAAAGGAGCUUUACUAAAUCAAAUCGAUGAAAAAAUUUCAAAUGAAAAAAAAUGGUAUCGAUGAAAAUUGCUAAGAAAACCUAUGAAUUUAGUAAGCUCUGAUUAAUUUGUAAAUUUGCGCAGCACUUAUCAACGACAAAGUUAAAUGAAUAAGUGGAAUAUAUUUUUUUUGCCGUAGCUUAUGUAUAUGUUUCCCUCAUCUAUGGCUGUUCAUUGCUUGAUUGUAUUACCGUUAGAGUUACUGAUGUUAGAUGAUUAACCAACCUGCUGAACAUAUCCCUUGUCUAUCUAUGUAGCUACGCAGUAAAUAGUACUAGAUUCAUACGAACUGCGUUCUAUUAUUUUGUCAUAAUAAAUUCACCUUUUAACAAA